UGCAUUUUUGUUAUUUUUGCAGCGUUUUUUUACUUCAUCCUUUCCAUGACCGUUUUCGUUCUGUAAUAACUGCUGUUUUUUAGGGUUGUAAAAUAUUUUUGUGUAUUUUUCGAACAGCAGUACCGCAGGCUCGGAGAAUACAACCAAUAUGGACGACGUGGAAAUGCCCGAGCAUUUCCAUUCUGGUUCUUUUGACGAAGUUGCCACCACAUUUCCUGACGUUCCCUUUUCCACCAAAGCGACGAAGUCCGCAUCAUCCGACCACGACCCUCUCGGUGACAGAAUCGCCGUUACCCGUGAACCCAGCACGCGUGAUAAACUGUAUGCCGUUCUGUACGAAGUGGAACUGAUCUACGACUCAUUCAUCGAUCUCAUCUCCUCGCAGCCCAUUUUUGCCAACGAUCCCAAUCUCUCCGUGCAUUUAAAACCAGCCGAGAACGCUGUCGCUCCGGGACAUCCCUCUGACUUCGAUCUGCCGUUUUUCGAGUCCAGUCUGCAGGAAUUGAUCGGAUUACUGGCCGAACGACAAUCAGAUUUUGACAAACUAGUGGCCGAUGCAAUUAAAGAAGCUGAGAUCGAAGCCACGAUUCAGGGAUUAUCGAGUGAAGCAGACCGGUUAAAAGACCAAGUGAUGGUCUUUCAGACCCGUUUGAAGGAAGCCGAGCAGAUUCUCUCCAACGCCCUGCACAUGGCCAAACAGAAGACGGAGACGGUGAAAGCGGCGGAUGAAGCGCAGCUCACACUAGACGACAUUAUCCGCUACGCGCAUCGCAUCAGUGUGGGCUUCUCGGCCGCGGCGCCCGCCAACUGGAUGCCCGGCGAUCCGCGGCGACCGUACCCGACCGAAGUGGAGAUGCGGGCGGGUGUGCUGGCCAAGUUGCAGGAUAUUCCGCCGCCGCCCAAUCAGAUCUUAGCGCUGCCCACGGAGAAUCUGACGCAGGUGUCCCAUAAGUUUUUAGGCAGUAAUGCCGGUCCGUAUACGAUGUCGCCGCAGCCGAGUAGUCAGAGCGGAGCGAUGGACAGUCCGAAGACGCCAAUGACGGCCGCGCUGCAACGCGAAGUCUCCGCGGAAGAGCAGGAUGUGGAGACAAUGAGCAGUGAUUCGUCUAGUUCGUCAAGUAGUGAAGAAGAGUGAUGCAUUGAUUAGGUUUCUGUGCUAGCAUUUAACGCAGUUGUUGACUAUUGAAGUUCCGAAUCCAUAAAUCAUUAAUUUUUGUUGUAUUUUCUGCCAGUUUUAUCCGGUAUGGCUGCGAGCUAAAUAAUUCGGCAGUAGGGAAUUUUUUAACAUUUUUAGUGCGUAACACUUACUUUUUAUAAAAGAUUAUUAAAUAAGAAAACUGCUCAAGACGAAGUCUGAUUGUGAGAUGUGAAUA